UCACUGUACUGUAAAGCUGAAAGCGUUCGAAAAUUGCCAUUGUUUUCUUCUCCUCCUCCACUCUGCUUUCUGAGAUUGAGAGAUUGCAUCAAACCCUAAAAAGGCGAAGGACCUAACCCUUGGAGAGUUCCGGAUUCGAUUUGAAGCAAGGAAAAGAGAUUAGAAGAGCCGGAGAAAGUAAAGUAGGUCGAUCGGGAAGGGAAGGGAUAGCGAAAAUGAUGGUUGAGAAGGAGGAUCUGGGGCUGAGUCUGAGCCUGAGCACCGCGGACAGUCGCCAUUCGUUGCAGUUGAAUCUCAUGCCUUCGUCGGUCUCGUCGUCUCCUGCUUCGCCUUUCGUGGCUCAGAAGAACACUUGGAAUGAGGCCUUCGCUUCGUCAGACAGAAACUCAGAUAUGUUCAGAGGCGAGACAAGAACGUUCCUAAGAGGGAUCGAUGUGAACCGCAUGCCAUCAACUGUAGACUGUGAAGAAGAAGCAGCAGUUUCCUCCCCAAACAGCACAAUAUCAAGCGUCAGUGGAAAGCGGAGCGAAAGAGACACAAAUGGAGAAGAGCACGAGAUCGAGAGAGCUUGCUCUCGUGGAAUAAGCGAUGAAGAGGACGGUGACAUGUCUCGAAAGAAGCUCAGACUGUCCAAGGACCAGUCUGCCGUGCUCGAGGAGAGCUUCAAAGAACACAACACUCUGAACCCCAAGCAAAAGCUGGCGUUGGCGAAGCAAUUAAACCUGCGACCUCGACAAGUGGAGGUGUGGUUCCAGAACAGGAGGGCAAGGACCAAGUUGAAGCAGACGGAGGUGGACUGUGAAUUCUUGAAGAGAUGCUGCGAGAACUUGACUGAGGAAAAUAGGAGGCUACAGAAGGAGGUGCAGGAACUGAGGGCACUCAAGCUGUCCCCUCAGUUCUACAUGCACAUGACACCACCCACCACCCUCACCAUGUGUCCCUCAUGCGAGCGCGUCGCAGUCUCGUCGUCUUCGUCGGCGGCCACGGCAACAGUCGCCGUCGAUGCUCCCCACCACCCGAUGGCGAUGGCUGGUCCUCACCACCAUCGUCCCAUCGCCAUCAACCCAUGGGCAGCUGCGCCAAUCCAUCAUAGGCCGUUCGAUGCUCCAGCCCCGAGAUCGUAAAUAUUCGCUCCCUUCAGGGGCGAUCUGGUCAUUUCAAGUGCAGGUUAAGGGCCUUCUUGUGAAUCAAUGAUUCCUCAGACGUUUGAAAAAAAAAUUUAAAGUUUUGGGGGAUUCGUACGGAGGAGGAGUAUUAAGCCAUUUUUUAGCAGAAUCUCUCUCUCUGUCCCCCCUUGUAGUUCUAGACUCUAAAUAUGAAAGCAUGUAUUGGAGGAUGAGUGGUGAAGCAGAAGUUUCACACGGCUGGGGUGAGGUUAUUAGGGUGUAUGAUUGCGGGGAUGUUUCUCGGCUUUUUGAUUUUGGCGUAUCUCUCUGUAUCUUGGAUUAGUAGUUGUGGUUCGUCUUCUUUCGUCUGGUUUAGAGAUAUAGACUGCGAAGAGAAAGGGGAGAUUUUCUUUCUUUGAAAGUACAACUAAAAUGAGGGUGAGGGAUUAGAAGAGGUUGGUCAAAGGUCAAAAUUUCGGAGGUAAUUUGGUGUAAAGUCUCAUUUUUCGUCUCAUCCAAGUUUGUUCAUCCAAUGAAAGAAAAAAAUCAUGGAUUAUAAAUUACAAUUAUUUGGUUUGUUUUA